AUGGCGUCUUCACAUUCUAUAUCUGAGGCGUCAGAAACGGCAACGCACUAUCAAGUUCUCAACCUGACACCUACCCUCCUCGACACCCAACAUGACUCUGCACCCCUCAUAAAGCGUGCCUAUCACCGCGCUCUUCUUCGCAACCAUCCAGACAAAGUCGCAAACUUGGGUUCCUCAUCUAUUUUCUUCACAGUCGACCAAAUUACCAACGCCCUAAACGUCCUUUCCAGCCCUUCUUCUCGUGCAGCAUAUGACACUGCUCUGCGGGUCUCCCGCCCUACUGGAGCUGCUAGCCGGGAUGGCUCUUUUCAAACGGGCGUAGAAAGCGUCGACCUAGAUGAUUUGGCUUUCGACGAAGAUCAAGAAUGUUGGUAUCGUCCAUGUCGCUGCGGGAAUGGCCAUAGCUAUGAAUUUCGUGAGGCAGACUUGGAGGAAGUGAGCGAUGAGGGCGAGCUUGUGGUUGGCUGUCUCGACUGUAGCUUGUGGCUGCGGGUUCACUUUGCUGUAAUGGACGAGGACGAGGAAAUUCAGACUUCAGAUAACACUUCUAAAGAGACAAGUUGA